AUGUAAAUCCUCUUAUUGUUAACUAUACUUUGUCUCUUAAGUACAAUUAAUGCAUCUUGUGAACUUGUGAAUGGAUAAUGUCCAUCAGAAUGUAAUUAAGUAAAAGGGGAAUGUGUUGCCUAAAACUGUUUUGAUUUUACUGCUAAAUUGGGUGACUCUUAAACGAACCCAUUCAAGGGUUCAAUAGCUUAUAUUGAUGGCACUAUUGAUUUGAAUAUAACUAUAACUUAUACUGAUCCUAAAUUUUCAGAUGCCACAAUAAAAGGGAUUACUAAAGGAGAAAAUACAGAAUCAUGUCUAACUCUAAAACUAUAUAAAUAUUAAAAUAGUGAUCAUUAGAUAAGAGAUGAAUCAAGUUAAACAAUCAAUUACAUAAAUGAUGGUUCAAGUACUAGAGGUUAUUAAUUCACUAUACCAAGUAAAGACUUUGUUAAAGAACUAUAAUUAUCAGAUAAUGGAACCAGUUUCAUAUUCCAAGGAUAUUAUGGUUUUGAUUUUAAUAUAGGAUCAAGUUUGUAAAGAGUUCUUUAUUUCGACUUCCUUGCAGGAAUAGAUAGAACAUCAACUUCAAAUUUAGAUACUAGUUUUGGAAGUUUAAGUUAAAAAGUUGAGCUUAAUUGUACAGGAGAAUGUGUUACAUCAACUACAAGUUCACUUAAAUUCUGUUCUGAUGAAGCAUGUGCUUCACCAACUGAUAAAGCUGACCUUUAUUUGAAUGAUCAAAUAUGGUUAAAGCAUACAUUAACAAAGGAUGGUACAUAAGUUUAUUACUUAACUAAUCCUGAGAUUCAUUUUACUGGAGAUAAGUUAUUCAAAAAGGCAAAUAUCAUAUCUUCAAAGCUAAAUUAGAAAGGAUAUGCUAUGUAUUUGAUUAAAGUUGAGAUUGCAUGGAGAUCUGUAACAAUAUCUGCAAAAGCUACCAUAUCUUCAACAGCAGGAUCAAGAAUAUUGGAUGAAUCAUCUAGAUUAUUAUAGGAAAAUUAAGGAUCAACUUAAGGGCUUACUUCAGAAAUAGAGUGCGUGAAAGAUAAAGAUUCUAAUGAAUGCAUUGAUUGUGACGAAUCCUUAGAUGUCAAUAAUAUUGAUGAACCUUAAGAAGAUGGAUGCCCAACAGGUAGUAGUGGUUUGAGUUUGUUCUUUGGAAGUUUGAUUUUGGUGACUUUAUUCAUUUGA